GUAAAAUCAUCGGUGUGAGUUAAUAUAGAGGAACUAAGAUUUAGGACAAACACAUAUACUGUAUCCAAAAAAUCAGUAGAAUAUAGAGAGAACAAAGUUGGAGAAAAUUACUACCAAAAUAAAAAAAUAAAAAAAAUACAAAUACAAAGAUUACAACGAAUUCUUGAGAUCCAAGUGUGGGAGAAUUGGUAAGUUUAAAAUCAAUCAUCCUGGAAUUUAUAUAAACAACGAAAACAAACACAUAUCUGAUAUAUUUUAGAUUCUCAACUACCGAUAAUACACAUAGAAGGUUGCACACAAAUCCCUGAAAUCCCGAUUGCUUGACUCAUCCCCAUUCAUCUAUAAAUGGAACGUAUAUUUUUUAAAACCGGGAUACUUGAUCCGAGCACCUCCCUUCCUAUAUAUGUCUUUGAUACAUCCUAUCUACCUUCUACAGACCUUAUAAAUUAUGAUGCGUUCAUUCCUACCAUGAUGAAAUACCUUCCGGCGGAACCGUAUACGUUGGUGAUGUUCAAUUGUGGGCUCAACAAGAUCUCUUGGGUAUGGGGUAUAAAAUUUUUAAAGCAAUUUUUAGAUGGGGACGAUACUGAAAGUGAUAAUUUAAGUAAUUUGAUUAAAAUCUAUACAGUUCAUGACAGUUGGUUUGUGAAAUCAUUGACCCAAAUAUUCAACACCAAGAAAAAUCUAAGUGCUCUUCAGCGAAUGAUCGACUCAUUUGAUUUGAGUUCUCCAUUCGACAACAAUCCGUUUGAUAUCAACAGCAUGAAGGCAACCAAGAGAAGAAGUAAGAUUGUACGAUGUAGUAAUCUUUCCGAGUUAUCUCGUCAUGUGGAAUUAACUAAACUCAAAAUUUCAUUAAACAUUUACAAGCAUAAUCUUCAAUUGGAGCCCGAAAUUCAACUAUAUAACCAUGCUCCAUUACUUCUCAACCAGGAUACCACCCUUUAUAAACUUCAAAACCCUUUAUUUUAUCAUCAUUUCUACCAAAUCUUCAACAUCCUCGACAUGUAUGCCGAUAAGGCCGAACUCAUCUUCCAUAAGCCGGGGAAUAAACUGAAUACAGAUAUUCUUUUCCAUUGUAUCAAUCGCAACCAAUGGAUAUGGAUCAAUGAUUGGGAUUUAUAUUGCAUAGCAGCUGUUUUCAAGAAAAUCCUUACAGACUUGCCACAACCUAUCAUCCCAUUAUCGUGUAUACAAUUGCCCAUGAAGGAUGACUUGCAAUUCACAAAGGACAAUUUUAUAAGCAUAAUGCAAUUGCAUUCUAAAUCAAAUUAUGAUCAACUUUUGUAUCAAUUGUUUGAUCUUUGUCAUAAGAUCCUUUCCAAGCCUUUGACAACAAAACAUACGCUGAACACACUUUCCAAAUGUCUUGGACAUUCACUCAGUCAUGAAGUGAUCCUGCUGAAUAAAGAUCGAAUUUCGGUCAUUAACCGAUUUGUUAAAAAUGUUAUGGACAAUUGGAAUCAAUUACGAACCCUUUAUAAAUACCCCACCAUUGAUGAUAUAGUGAAUACUUCUGGCGAGGGAGCACAGAAGUUUAACUCUUACGAUAUAAGUUAUGAUUUGACCUUGGAUGAAGAUGAAGAUGAUUUGGAGUAUCGAGUGGCAUUCAACACUACUAAUAUAUUGAGUGAUGACCAAAAUUUGAAAAAUCAUAAAAAGUUAUCACCUCCAUCCACCGAAUCUUAUAAUUUACAAGUUCAUGCUCCGUCUACAUCCCCUAGGAAAGUGGGGCCCCCGGUGACUCCAAGGAAGGUUCACACUAAGCGAGCAAUACCAUCAUCUCCAAAAAGGAAAUCGCCUAAAAAGGAGCACUCUGCAGACAACUAGCCACGUAUGCACGCAGUGACUCUCCCCGAGUGCUGGAGGACCAGAUGAGCGUGUACAGCCCACAGGAAAGUGAGUAGUGCCACCCUACGGCGGGGUAUGUAAAGCCGCUCCGCUGGCUCUCCGUGGGCCACUAACCGUGGGGGCCUUCCUCUGACGAUGAAGGGGGGAGGGGGUCUGGAAAAGAGGGGGUUAGUGACGGAGCGGGCACACCAUAGGGAAGGGAGUACUAUCCACCCUACGGGGUCUGCGAGCCGCUCCGCUGGCACUCCGUGGGCCACUAGCCGUGGAGGCCCUGUUCCUCUCACGAGGAAGUGAAGGGGGAACUGGUAGGUCUCCUCAUAGAGGAGCUAGGCACCACACAGUGGCUCUCCCCGAGCAGGGGCCAUCGGAGCGUCACGUAGGCGGGGUUUAUGGUAGAUAAUGACGGAACUACUAAUAUAUGUAUAUAAAUUCAAUAGAUGUAGAA